CAGCACGCAGCGAGCCAGACGCGGCGGCGAGAGCGACGGGGGCGGUCAGGCUGCGGGACCGGGCGGUUACCCGGUGCACCGAGCCAGGGGCCUGAGCGGGCGCACCGCCAACGCAGUCACGUGCGCUGCCCCUCCUCUCUCGCACACCUCCUCCGCGCGCCGCGCUCUCCAUUCAUAAAUUCUCCGCCGGCUCCGCGGCCACCGAGCUCCAGAGCCAACCGGGAGCGUCGUGCAUCCGCCACCCGCCCUCCCGCCGCCCAUGGGCCGCACGCCCCGGCGCUGAGCCUCAAAAUGCAGCCCACGGCCACCAUGGCCACAGAGGCCACUACCACCGCCACAGUUGCCCUGACGACUUCGUGGGACAAUGCUACCAGCCGCCCCACGGCGGAGCCCGACCCCAUCUUGGACAACUAUGUGCUGCUGGUGGUGGUGAUGUCGCUGUUCAUCGGGGGCACGCUGGUGGUGCUAUCUGGCGUUCUUCUGCUCUGCAAACGCUGCUGGGAGGUGCACCAGCGCUUCAACAGGGCCAUGGAUGAAGCAGAGAAGACCACCACUACUUACCUGGACAACGGCACCCACCCUAUACAAGACCCCGACUGCAGGGGGGAAGACCCCGAGAGCCAGGACACGGAGACAGAGCGCUUCCUAGCCACCAGCUCCACCGGCCGCCGCGUGUCCUUCAAUGAGGCUGCCCUGUUUGAACAGAGCCGCAAGGCUCAGGACAAGGGCCGCCGGUAUACCCUGACAGAGGGGGACUUCCAUCACCUCAAGAAUGCCCGUCUCACCCACCUCCACCUACCGCCCCUCAAGAUCGCUACUAUCCAUGAGUGUGACCCGGGCGAGGCCAGCUCAGUGGCGACACCCCACCCAGCUACCACCCCUAAAGACAGCUUGGCUAUUUUCCAGCCCCCCGGGAAGGCCCUCACUGGCCACGCAGUGGGUCCCAGCUCUGCCCUGCCAGGUGAUCCCUACAACUCUGUGGACUUCUCGGAGAUCAGCCCCUCUGGCUCCAGCGACUCUGGGGAGGGCACCUCGUUAGAUGCAGGUGCCAGGGGUGCCAAGGCUGCCGGGCCUGGGCCUGAGGCAGCACCUGGGGAGAUGGGCACAGGCUCCUCGGGGCCAGGCACUGUGCUGCAAUUCUUCACACGGCUACGCCGCCAUGCCAGCCUGGAUGGGGCUAGCCCCUACUUCAAAGUCAAGAAAUGGAAGCUGGAGUCCAGCCAGAGAGCGUCCAGUCUGGACACGAGAGGUUCCCCUAAGCGGCACCACUUUCAGCGGCAGCGGGCAGCCAGUGAGAGCAUGGAGCAAGAGGGGGAUGCCCCCCAUGCCGACUUCAUUCAGUACAUUGCCAGCGCAGGCGAUUCGGUGGCCUUCCCACCCCCCCGCCCCUUUCUGGCCAGCCCCACCAGCCCGCCCCCCACUCUCGGCAGGCUAGAGGCGUCUGAGGCAGCAGGAGGAGCAAGCCCCGAGACUCCUCCGGAACACAGCAUCAUCAGUUUGGGGCCCGAGCAUGCGCAGCAGCAGGACCCACAGCAAGAGCAGGACGCCGAGCAUGCACAGUGCAGCUACCGUGACCUGUGGAGCCUUCGUACUUCCCUCGAGCUAAAUGCAGCCACUGCAUCGGACCACAGCAGCAGCGGCAAUGACCGCGACUCAGUGCGCAGCGGCGACAGCUCAGGAUCGGGUUCCGGGGGUGGGGGCCCAGCACCUGCCUUCCCGCCCCCACCGGAGUCUCCGCCUGCUCUGCGGCCUAAGGACGGCGAGGCCCGCCGCCUGCUGCAGAUGGACAGUGGGUAUGCGAGCAUCGAGGGCCGCGGUGCAGGUGACGAAGCCUCCGAACUUCCCGCUCCAACCCGCAGCCCUCCCCGCAGCCCGCGAGCCUGGCCGCGCAGGCCACGCCGCGACUACAGCAUCGACGAGAAGACGGACGCACUUUUCCACGAGUUCCUGCGCCACGACCCACAUUUCGACGACGCGCCACGCCAUCGCGCACGGGCACAUCCUCAUGCCCACGCUCGUAAACAGUGGCAACAGAGAGGCCGGCAGCACAGCGACCCCGGUGGCGCACGCGCGGCCACACCCCCAGGGGCAGUCCGUCCUGCGCGUGCGCCCUUGCGUCGUGGUGACAGCGUUGAUUGUCCUCCUGAAGGCCGUGCACUGCCUACCGCAGGUGAUGACCCGUCCAUUCCUGUCAUCGAGGAGGAGCCUGGCGGCGGAAGCGGUGGAUGCCCGGGCUCUGGGCUGUGCGUCGAGCCCGCCGGGGCGCUGCUGGACAAGCUGGCAGUCAGCCUCGACGAUAGACUUUUUUCUCCCCGUCUCCCUGAGCCAGUCGCCUCCUCCCCGGUGCGGAUUGUUGCUGCUGCUGCCCCCACGUCUCCCGACCACAGCCCGGCCUAAGCUCUGUGUACUCGACCCGCCUCUCGGCAGCCUCCCUGGCGGCACGUGGGGCCGCUGCGGAUAGCAGAAACCUGGGGUUGCCGUGCAUGCGCACGCAGCCCGAUUCGAACUGCGCACAUGCAGUGUCCCAUCACUUAGUGGGUCGCAGUGGCCUCCAGAGGCGCGAGGUUCCAGGACCCCGGCUCAGCUGCAGGGUGGAUAAAGUAUUCGGACUCUCGAGCCCUAAUAUGUCCGACCAUGGCACCCAGCCUCUGGCCACAAAGGCGGGUGAAGCAGAUUCUGAAGUACAAGCAGCCCCCCUCCAUUAGUGAGCACGUGCUGGUGAUACCAUUGCCAUCCAUAUGCUUGCGUGAACCUACUGGAGGGGAAGGGACCUUGGGGCAGAGAAUCAGCGAGGAGCUCGCUACCCCAAAUCCUGAAUCCGUUUACCUCACCAUGGUGUGCGCUCUAGCAGCAGCCGUACCCUCCCUCUCCAAGCAAUAACCCCCUCUCCUGCUCUCAGCAUGUGCACAGGCCCCACCUUGUCCCAUUCCUCCCCAAGAGCCUUGGGCUUUGGACACGCGGACAGAACAGCCCAGGCGGCAGCUUCAAGUUUCCCAAGCUUUAUUUAUUGCCAAAAUAUAGGGCGGCCUCGCCUCGAGAGCCCGCCCACUCCCUGCCCUGUGCCCUGCGUGGGUAGUUGUGUUGUCUGGUUGAUCAUAAAUGUCUCUGCAUAUUCA